AUGAAGCUCCUCUCCACUUUAACCCCCCUGUCGCUCUUGGCCGGUGUCAUGGCUCUCUCAACCCCCAAGCGAAGUGGUGACUGGCAAGACUGUCUUUCGCAAGAUGACGCCGAGUUGAUUGUCGGCCAGUAUAUCACGAUACUGGAACAUACCGACGUGGCUGCUGCCAAUGCCACGGCCCAGAGCCUGCUCGAUCCGAACUACACCGAGACCAGGGAUUCGAUCUUGUCGCUUGAAGGACUGCCACUCGGAACCGCAACCUUUGUUGGCAAGGAUGUGUAUAUCAAUGGGGUCCUCAGAGCGCCAGGUCUGAAUGGUAUCACCACCAUUGAGAUCCUUGCCGCCGGCUGCACCAAGAUCCUGUGGUAUUGGAACUUCCUGGGUGUGGGAGGCGCUCAGUAUGAGGUCAAGGGCUUCAAUCUGUUCACCAUCACGCCGUCAAUGCGGAUCGCGCAGGUCGAUCUAGAAUUCAAUUCAAUUGCUUGGGGUCUCGAUACAGGGUAUCAGCUGGUCAGACCUUCGAGUCCAGCUCUCACCCGCAAGUGA